GCUAUUUUUUUUAUUGCAAUUCAAAUUUACCAAAAAAUAAAUAGAUAAGUACUGAUCGAGUCAUUGUUGGUCCUUUUAAAUUUCUGUUUAAAAUUUGACGUGUUUCUUUUUCCCACAAAUAUCUAAUAUCUUGGUAUUAAGCUUGUAUAGAAUGAAGUAAUUAGUUGUUUGGAAUUAUUACACGAUGAUGGUCACAUUAAAGCAGCAAAUGUGGUGGAAAUGUGAAUAAGAACGCGUAGAAGGUUUGACGGGACCGAGUCGGCCACCCACACACAACACACAUCCACACUCCACUUCUCUGUCUCUCUCUCUCUAACCGACUUCAUUUAGUAAGGAUCGGACUAGUCUAGUAGCUUCCACUUGGCCCCCAAUUGCAUUUUCCCUUGUUGAACUAAACGUGUUUUAGUCUACACCCAUUCCCCAAUAUCUUAUGUUAUUAUUCUUGGCCUUUCCUUAGUGAGUUGAGUAACCGUUUUACUUACUUUCCUCACACUUGUCACGCAACUUCCUAUCCUGAUCCCCCACCCUCACUCCCAAUCCCAAAUAUAUAUAAAUCUAAUCUCACUCCUCAAUUUCAUAUCUCAAACUUCUUCCACAAUCACAACCAAAACUACUCCUACUCCUCUACCGCUCAAACUCUCUCAAAUGGCACUCGAAGCUCUCAACUCCCCCACCACCGCUCCGCCCUCCUUCCAAUUCGACACCGCCGCCUCCUCUCUGCCGUGGAGCAAAGGCAAGCGCACCAAGCGCCCCCGCAGCCACGAGCCCACUGAGGAAGAAUACUUGGCUCUCUGCCUCAUCAUGCUCGCUCGCGGCGGCCCCACCUCUACCUCCGCCUCCGCCUUCGCCGCGCCACAGAAGCAAGCGCCUAUUUCUCCACCGCGGCCGGCGGCCGAUCCUUCUAAACAGAUUUACAAGUGCUCCGUCUGCAACAAGGCUUUCGGCUCCUACCAGGCUUUGGGAGGGCACAAGGCCAGCCACCGCAGGCUCAGCGGCGGCGGAGACGACCACUCCGCCGCAUCCGCCUCCGCCGCGACCACGUCGGCCACGGCGAGUGGCAGCGGCAGGGCACAUGAGUGCUCCAUAUGCCACAAGAGCUUCCCGACGGGGCAGGCCUUGGGAGGACACAAGCGCCGCCACUACGAUGGCGGGGCACCCAGCAGCAACGGCGGCGGCGCUGGAAGCAGCGGCGUCACGUCAUCGGAAGGGGCCGGGUCCUCCGGUUCUCUCCGGAACUUCGACUUGAACUUGCCGGCUCUACCGGAAUUCUGGCAGGGUUUUGGCUCCAGCGCCGAUGACGAAGUCGAAAGCCCCCACCCCUUGAAGAAGUCGCGUCUCUCGUUGCCGGCUUACUGAAAAUUUACGGAUUUUUUUUUUUAUUUUAUUUUUGGGAAUUUGAUUUUCUUUUUUAUGUUAAUUAUUGAUUCGUGAGAGGUAUUUUUGGUGUACAUACAACUGGUUAUUUUUGGUGAAGAUUAAUUGAUUUGUUUAUUUAUUCAUUGUUCAAA